GGUGUUAUAACGAAACACGUUACGCAUUUCUAUGCAAUCUUUCUAUUAUUGUUACUGUGCAAGAUGCGUAUUGAAACGUGUUAUUUUUGCUCUUCUCGGAUAUUUCCGGGACAUGGAAUUCAAUUUGUUAGAAACGAUUGUAAAAUUUUUAGAUUUUGCCGGUCGAAAUGUCACGCGGCAUUCAAAAAGAAAAAGAAUCCAAGAAAGGUUAAGUGGACCAAAGCAUAUAGGAAGACAGUUGGUAAAGAAUUGGCAAUAGAUCCGUCAUUCGAAUUUGAGAAGAGAAGAAAUAUCCCAGUUAAAUACAAUAGAGAAUUAUGGACAAAGACUGUGGAAGCUAUAAAGAAAGUCGAAAACAUCAAACAAAGGAGAUCGAAUUUGCAUAUUAUGCAACGUUUGCGCAAGGGUCGUACAUUGGAACGAGAAAGGGAUAUUAAGGAAGUACAACGUGAUCUAUCUUUGAUAAGAUCACCAGCUGCUGGACUUAAGGAAAGAAAGAAAUUGGAAGAGACAGCAGAAGAGGAUAUUGAAAUGCAUGAAUCUGACAACGAAAUGGAAGCUGAACAGUUGCAAGAAAAUUAAUUUGUUUUUUGAAUUAAUGCAUAAUAUGAAUUCGAAGAACUUUGUAUCAUUUAGGAAAAAUUAAUAUUUUUUAACUGUUAAACUUGUACAUAAACUGAAUAUUUAAUUAGACUUAAGUUUUUGUAAACAAUUUCUAUGGGGAUUUAUUUCUGCGAAUUAUUUUUAAAUUCAGCUUCUAGAAUCAUACACGUUUAAAAGUAAUUGUGAGUAAAUAUUUGAUUACUUCUUUGUACCAACUGGGUCUCAUGGUAAACCAUGGUUUACUUACAUUCGCAUAGAUGGUAGCACUAAUGCGAUGCGUGCAAUGUAAUUUGAUCAGAUGAAAAAAUUAGAUUACAGAUAGUAGUCUUACAAUUAAUCUUUUAAUUAUUAUGCAAGAAGCUGUGUUCUAAGUAAUAUAUUAUAUUAUAAUCUACAAGAUUCUCUGUAAUGGCUAACACAAUCUUUGGAACAUUAGAGACACAGCAAAAACAUCCUAUAUAUAUCAUUUUAUCAGAUGAAAUUUUGAAACAUUCCUUGUUUAAAAUGCAAUCUUCGGAAGAGAACCAGUUGUAGCGCGAGUGGAAAAGCAUUAAAAACAUAAUCGAAGUAGCGACAAAGUGGGAGAGCUUUCAACGUAGUCGCUUUUAUAAGAACGUAAGAUACACAUUAGCAGCAGUGAGGUGAAGAAAAGGAGCUUUGGGAAGUGUUCGUAGUCCGAGGUGUGACCAAACCUCGAUGACACUGCAAACACUCGCUUGGUGUUUCCAGCAAUUACCAGACAAACCGAGGAACUCUGUUUGCUUGCGGUACGAAAUGUGUUACAACAACACGGUACGGCAAAGGAAAGAGACCCAUAGCAGAAUAACAGCAGAAGAAGAAGAAGAGGAAGGUUCAUCACCAGGGCCGCCGCCAUUCGAAAGGAUUUUCAAGGGCGUGAGCUUGCAGAUCUCGUCUAGUCUGUUGAACGAACCAAAGCGACGCGACAGGCCAAUAUCAGACGAAGAAUCAGCCUUUGAUUUUUGCCGACGUCCUUGUUUGCUCGAGCUCGACCCGCGUCUCAUGUCAGAAGUCCAAAUUUCUCUGCUAAUGGACUCGAGAAGAUCAUUUUCGAAUCGGUUUCUUUGCGAGCUACUGUUGCUAUUUAUAGAAUAAAUUUUUUUUUACAAUAGAUACAGAUCUAUUUUGUUUGAGAUCACUUUACUUAUUCAAAUAGAAUGAUAUUAUAAAUAAAUUAUAAUUGACGCGAGAGAGAAUCAUCGUAGUUCUCGUCUUUGAAUAGAAUGCCAAAUAUGAAAAUAGGAGCAAAGCAUCGAUUCGUUAAAGUAUGUAUUUUAAAUUAAGAUACUCGAGAAGAUGGCCUCUCUAAGAGAGAGAUUCGCAACAUAAUUAAAAAAAGGAGAAGUCUCGAGGAAUCCCCGUUACUCAUUUCGAGGAUCCUUCAACUCGUAAGCUCGUACGAGAGGAUUCGUGUUUUCGACCACACGCAAAGUUUUAGUGAUGUUUGCAGAGGCAACACGAGGUAGACGCGUGUUACGAAUUGUAAUUGCGAAGUAGUGUCUUACAACAAAAGCGAGCUAGUUCUUGUUGCUUGUACUUGCUCUGAAGUAGCCUUGGCUAUGUACGAAUCUUCUUUUAUUCUUCUUCUUCUUUUCGGGGUGGUCUUACAAUGGCGUUAAGUCCCUUUGCAAUGCCACGAAAGAAGGUCGAUGAGACUUUUGUAAAGAGUUCCUCCUUAACAAUAGCUUACUAUGCCAACUGAUUAUCCUAAAGCCGCGAUACAAUGA